CUUGCGAUCGGGUAUUUUAGACACUUAAUGACCCUUGCAGCCUUUUGAAGACUUGCCACCCCAUCAAAACUGGGAGGCUUGACAGCUGACUCGCAUUUACGAUGGUUGUGGUGCGUCCCGCAGUGCGGCGAUCUCCUUUUGCGACCUUCCGACAAGCGAAUUAAUUCAACGGGAAAGCCAGAUUCAUUGAACCAACCUCUGGCUAACUUUUAACGAUUGUAAUUGGUUCACUUAGCAAGGGGCAGGAAAGGUCGUAAAAGGGGGGCAAAACUAACUUGACGCGUCCUGCUUAGCAACAUGAAUUUUGGGGGCUCAGGUGUGGUUCAUAAGUCGAGGACUUACCUGCAUUGGCUGCCAGGGUCCGGAAUUUUGUGACUUGCAGAGUUGCUGCAAUAGUUAUAAGUCCAAGGACUGGUCGUAAGUCAUUUUUUUUCAGUACCAUGGUAACUAUUGCAAUGCUAUUGUGGAGCCUUUUAAUGAAUUGAACGGGUUGUGGUUUUCAUUUUAUUUUAUUUUAUUUUAUUUUUAUUAUUUUAUUUGUUUGUUUUUGUUUGUUUGUUUGUUUGAUUGAUUGAUUGAUUGAUUACCCAAUCCCAGAGGAUUCCGAGCGGCUUACAUUUAAAUCUUUAACACUGUGAGAGAUGCUGAGAGAUGAGAUCCUUUUUUCGUUACUCCAACCCCAAUUUUUACUGAGUUGCCAUCAAGAGAAUCAAUGAAAGGCAGAAAGCCCCGUUAUGAUGGAUCCCUGGUUCAGCUGACCAGAAGAUUCAUGGAACUUGUUAAAGCUGCUCCAGAAGGAGUCCUGGAUUUGAAUGAAGUAUCUCGUUUGCUAGGAGUACGGAAGCGAAGAGUAUAUGAUAUUACGAAUGUCUUGGAUGGAAUACAUCUUGUUCAGAAAAGAUCCAAGAAUCAUAUCCAAUGGGUGGGUUCAGAUAUUAAGCAUAUUACCAAACAAACACCGGAGCAACAGGAGUUAAGAGAUGAACUCUGUGAUUUGACAACAAUGGAAGAAGCAUUGGAUGAAUUAAUCAAAGAUUGCUCUCAUCAGUUGUUUGACUUAACAGACGAUAAAGAAAAUGCACAAUUAGCUUAUGUGACCUAUCAAGAUAUCCAUAACAUUCAGACAUUUCAAGAACAGAUUGUUAUUGCAAUUAAAGCUCCAGAAGGGACCAAGAUGGAGGUGCCCCCUCCUAAAGAAGACUGCAUAGAAGUACACGUUAGAAGCACAAAAGGCCCCAUUGACGUUUACUUAUGUGAGGUAUCGUUAGAUAAUCCAGAUGUUAACGCUUCUGAAAACACAGAUCAACUUUUAUGCGAAAGCAAAUAGGCUGACUUGCUGGAGGUAAAGUACUGAACUGAAAAGAGAUGAGUAGAGGUGUGUGAAAAGAACUAGGCUCAAGGUAAGGAGUCUAAUGUCAGGAAAUAAGAAUAGGUACAAUUCAACCCCCCCUUUUUUAGUUAAAUGAUCAAGAUGGGAUUCCCAUUUUGACGGAAGUCCUACAAACAAGUAGAAUAUUUAUAUGAGCUACUCAUAACUAGAGCAUUUUGCUUUUUUCUUGUGUUGGAAUUGCAUGUUGCAAUCUGAUAGCAUUGUGUCAGGAUUAAAAAAAAAUCCAAAUUGGAAACAAAGGUUGAGUGAACUUUCUAGCACUAGCUAU